GUUUUUAUACAAUUUGAAGAGCACGAUUAUCAGUUUUUCAUAGACACCCACUUACUCCUCUACCAUGGGAGAGGCGAUUUCGAUUCCUCAUACCCAUUAUCCCAAACUUAUCUGAUCUGUUCCGAUCUGCUUCGUCUUACUCCCUGAUAUCUUACAUAAUGCUUGGUGUUUACACAUCACUGACAGCAUAUCAGAUGGAAGAGAUAUACGGAAUAUUUGGAACAAGGCUUCCUUCAUAGAUCAUAUUAUGGCUCAAAAUUUUCAGAGAUCUAUGGCUGUGGUUGUAAGCAUUGAUCCUCGUAGGGUGUGUUUGGGGCAUCCUGAUGAUUCAGAAUUUAAGGCCGUCAGAGUGUAAAACGCAGGUUUUGGAUCUCUUGGUUUGAUGACAUCAGUCCUGGCAAAGCUGGAUGAUAAUGCUGCCCUCUUGAGUUUCGCUGAAAAGCUUGAGGCUGCUUGUGUUGGUACUGUGGAGUCUGGGAAGAUGACAAAGGAUCUUGCUCUCAUACUACAUGGACCCAAACUCGGCAGGGAACACUAUCUAAACACUGAAGAGUUCAUGGAUGCAGUAGCAAGUGAUUUGAAAGCAAGACUCAACAAGUUUAAAUGUAUGUGCGUCUGCUGUGUUAUGGCUAGUGUUUGUCUUAAUUGCUUUAUUCAACUACGCUCAUUGUGAGUCAGAGAACGAGAGUGGCCACUCGGGAGAAGCCUCAAUCAUACAGCUCUAUUUCAGACAAGGAGAAGCUAGUGCCCUGCAUUGAACUCUUUAAGGUGGAUAUAUAAUCAGCAAAGCCAGCCAUGGUUUUUUUCUUUCAUUGUAAUGCUUCUUUUUUGUAAAAAGAAAUAAUGUCAUCAUUGUCGAUAUUUAUGUAUGAAUACAGGUACAACCUUUAUAGUUAAAGGACUCAUUUAUAUAUUGAAUUUAUAUAGUAUUUGAUCAAA